GAUUAAGAUAAAGAGGGCUGGAGAGAUAAGAUGAAUGAACGGAGGAAAGGAAGUGAGGCUCAGAAUGAAGUUGAGGGAGGGGUUGGUUUCAAACUUUUUUAUGAAUCAUUGCCUUCAUGCAUUAUCCCCGCACUGCAUCCUCUUUAUUGCUCUGUGUUCCCGUGGCUGUUUACGUAAUACAGUGAAAGUGCUUUAUAUUCAUUGUGCGUGUGGGUUUUCAAGAGGGAGCAGUUUGAUUGCGCUCUAUUUCUUUGCUGUUGACCAAAAAUAUACUUUUUUUCCCCCUGGAUGCCGAGAUAUUGGUAGUUAUUAGUGACAUGUAGCAGUGGGAGCUCACAGGGGUCAUGGAUAUCAGGAUGCAACGAGAGGAGGCAUCGGCUCAGGAAGUGUUCAGCUAUGCCCAGAUGUCCACCCUGGAGCGAAACAGCGGAGUAGGAACGCUGAGUCGGCAUCUGGAGCGGGAGAGGUUGGAGAGAGACAGCUACACGGUGGAUGUCAGGGCCAGUGACCUGCAGUUGGAUCAGCCUGGGCCAUUACAUCCCUGCUUUAGCUACAGAGUUUGGCUUUACAGCGUCGUUAUAGGGAGCAGCUUGCUGAUAGCAGCAACGUUCUCCCUUUACAUGGGUAAUGUGUUUCCAGGUGCAAUGGACUAUCUGCGUUGUACUGCUGGAUCAAGCAUACCAGCUGCAGUGGUGAGCUUCGCUAUUGCCAGGAACAGACAAGUUGCAGUCUCAGACUUUCAAAUGGUCUACGUUUCGUCAUUUGCUGUGACAACCACGUGUCUGGUGUGGUUCGGAUGUAAACUCGCAAUUAGUCCCUCAGCCAUCAAUAUUAACUUUAACCUGCUCCUGCUUAUUGUGCUGGAAGUGCUCACGGCCAGUACGGUUAUCCUGUCUGCACGCUCAGCCGACGACUGCUGCAGUCAUGCAAAGCCGGUGUCUGAUGGCCCUGUGGUUGUGACCCCAGCUUCGUUCCCCACUCGUCUUCUCAAGGCUUACGCCGUAAUUGAGGUUAUAGUGGGCAUCUCCGCUGUAUUCGGAGGAAUUAUUGCUCUAAAUUUGGGUGCUCUCCUCCCAGAGCCAUAUCUUUCUGUCACUUUCUUCUGGAUUCUGGUGGCUUGUUUCCCCAGUGCCAUUGCCAGCCAUGUGGUGGCAGAAUAUCCCAGCAAGAGUCUGGUGGAAAUGCUGAUUGCUAUAAGUAGUGUGACCUCACCACUGCUCUUCUCAGCUUCUGGAUUUUUGUCCAACAGCGUAAUUAAUUUUAUUGAGAUCUUUCUGCAUGAAGUGCCAUUAGAAAAGCAGUCCUACGACAUACUGCUGCUUGUCCUGAUGGGGCUUCUGCUGGUGCAGGCGGUACUAACAUUAGCCACCGCAAUAAAGUGUGCUUCCUACAAGAGCCAGCUGCGCACUGAAUGGGACACACUUCACAAAAAACACUCUGAGCAACAAACGUUAAACGGCACGCUAAGGGACUUUGAUAGAGAGAAGGCUUGGAAAGCAGUGGUGGUCCAAAUGGCACAGUGACCAAAGAUACAGCCAUCAGAAGGAAAAACAGAGAGAAAGUUACAAAUAUGGAGUAUGAUAACAUCAGU